AUGAUCCAACCUGGGACUAAUUCCCCUUUGUUGUGUCUCCCGCAUUACCCCCUGAUUGAUGAGCCGUCAAAGUUCAUAAGCGCUAACUUCAAGCACCUUCCUAGACUACAUUUCAAAUAUAGCGACUGCAUUGCGAAGCAAAUAUCACUAACGGAAGGCCGGCCGAUCCUCGGCGAGUGGUUGAACAAUGACUGUCCGGAAGCUGCUGUUGCUUCGCUGACUAGAGGCUCAUUACGCCAGACGCGUUCUUUAGUAGACCGCAGUGCCAUGUAUGGUGGAGUCAAACGUGGAACAUUGCGGUCAUACGUGCCGACUAUUGUAGAAUCCGAAGCAACAUUAAAAACAGCCUCUAGUACUCCGGAAAUAUGCGUGACGUACGGAGAUGAACGUGGACUCAUUCGCCACUUGAGUACCCGCCCCUCACGCCCCCGCGACAUCGCAUUCUGUACACAUACGAAUAUCUCGUUCAAGAGGCGGAGAUCUUACAAUUUCGAAGAGACUGUGCAUCCCACCUUCCGCUUUGUCGUAGUUGAUCCGAAUGAAGCGAUUCGGUCUCGCAUGGAUUCUCCUUUAUAA